AACCGUUUUGGUUUAUCCUUAGAGAAUUAAUAAAAACAAUCUCACGUCGUCCGCCAUUAUGGAUUACCCUCCAGAGAAGGACUGGAUAAGAAUUUGUACUGCGCGCAUAUUCAAACGGGAGUCAUUCGCUGAUUUAUUGCUACAUGACUUUUCUCCCUUCGCCGAGUUCACUGAAACCUUUGUGAAACGUGAAUGAAAAGAUUAACAUCACAUGGUGAAAGAACACCGUACAUUCAAAGAGGAGUGCAUUUAUAUUGAGCGCUUAAACGAAAACUCGUUUCUUAUCAAGAAAGGCUUUGUCCCAAAAAUGAAGGUUGAAGGUAUCUUCUAUAUAAACAAGCUGCUCGAAAAACUAAUGUUUGAUGAGCUGAAGUACUGGGCUGGAACUCAAGGUUCCAAGGGGGUUGGCAAGAGCGCUCUCCUUUCACGUCAUAUAGCAGUUAAGGCAACAAUUGGGGAGGAGGAUUGGAGAACAGCAUAUUUUGGCUAAAAAUUGGCAGUCACACGGUCGCCAGUGGCGAGUUAAAACUGACUAGGGCUACCAAAAGUUAAGGGUUGAAUGCCCAGUGUGCGACUAUGCUACAGAAUUUCAUAACGUUGCAAUGUAAGUUAUUCAAAGUACAAAGUUAAAAAUAAAACUCAAUAUAUAGUUCAAUUGGACUACCCUUCUCUUCGUUUCUUUGCCUGGACUCUAAGAUUAUCCAUUUUAGUUAAUUUUUAGUUCUAAAGUGGAAAUUCCGAGCCAUUUUAACAGUGAUUUCACAAGCAAUCCACAUUCACAAAAUAUAGACACCAUUUUGAUUUUGUGACUGCCACGUGACUCUGGACAUACCUAGAGUUCCGUGCAGGAUGGUUUCGAGGUACACGUUUCUGCUUUGAGGAAGAAUUUGUUGAUAGGCUUAUCCAGAAAUACCUGUAACCACAGUCACUGCAUACAAGAAUGUCUUUGAACAAAA